CGGAGGCGGAGGAGUGAAGUCUGGGUUGAGUGGGCGGAAGACAGCCUGGGCUGAGACAUGGCCACUUACCACCCAGCAGGAGACAUGCAACUGCCCAGAGCUGAUGCCAUUCGUUCUCGUCUCAUUGACACUUUCUCUCUCAUCGAGCAUCUGCAAGGCUUGAGCCACGCUGUGCCGUGUCAUACUAUCCGAGAGAUACUUGAUCCUUCCCAUCAGAAGAAACUUAUGUUGGGAGAUCAACAUCAACUUGUGCGCUUCUCCAUAAGGCCUCGUCAUGUAGGACAGAUUACACAUGGCCAGAGACUGAUGAGCAAGCUUCAAGUUCGCUGUAGUGAGAGGCCACCUCUUGCUUUGUGGGCUGGUUGGGUCCUUGAGUGUUCUUCCUUCAAAAACUUCAUCAUAUUCCUCAUAUUUUUGAAUACAAUUGCGGUGAUGGUUGAAAUAGAAUUGCUCGAAUCCUCAAAUACCAAACUGUCGCCACUGAAGCUGACUCUGGAGGUAGCAGCUUGGUUCAUCUUAUUUAUUUUCAUCUUGGAGAUCCUUCUCAUGUGGCUAUCCAGCUUUUCCCUCUUCUGGAAAAAUACCUGGAAUGUCUUUGAUUUUGUUGUUACCAUAUUGUCCCUGCUUCCUGAGGUUGUGGUGCUGGUAGGGGUAACAGGCCAGUCUGUAUGGCUCCAGUUGCUGAGGAUUUGCCGGGUGCUAAGGUCUCUCAAACUCUUAACACGAUUCUGUCGAGUUCGAGUCAUUAUUUUGGCCCUAGUCAGGGCCCUUAAGAGCAUGACCUUCCUCUUGCUGUUGCUGAUCAUCUUCUUCUACAUUUUUGCUGUGAGCGGUGUCUACUUUUUUGAGGAUUAUACCUAUUCAGCUCGCCAGGACCUGCAGUACCAAGUGUUCUUCUCGGACUUGCCGAAUUCCCUAGUGUCAGUGUUCAUUCUCUUCACCACGGAUCAUUGGUAUGCACUGCUUCAGGACACCUGGAAGGUGCCUGAAGUCAGCCGCACCUUCAGCAGCAUCUAUGUCAUCCUUUUGUUGUUACUUGGUUCCAUUAUCUUUCGAAAUAUCAUAGUAGCCAUGAUGGUUGCUAACUUUCAGGCUAUCAGAAAUGAGCUGAAUGAAGAGGUGACACAACUGGAGGUUCAGCACAAAGCUGACAUAUUCAAGCGGCAAAUUAUCCAAAGGAGACAAAACCUCUCCCCUGAGGCAUUGAGGUCAAGCCAUAGCAAAAUGGAUACCAGAGAUACCAUUCGACAAGCAGAAUCUUUGAACUUAUCAGACAUUUUUGGAGAGUCUGAAAAUAGUGUCACCGAAGAGGGUUCAAGAGCAUCUGAGUCAGAGUCUUCAUCAAAAAAGAAAAAGUCCUUAUCUUCCUCUUCUUUCUCCUCUUCUACUGAAUCCGGAAAUCUUGAGUCUAUAGGUCAGUUGGACUGGGAGACUCAUGUGCACCAGAAUCUGCCUGGGCUGAUGGACAUGGAUCAGGAUGAACGCAUUGUUUGGCCUAGAGAUUCACUCUUCCGAUAUUUUGAGUUGCUGGAAAAGCUUCAGUAUAACCUAGAGGAGCGUAAGGGGUUGCAAGAGUUUGCAGUGCAGGCACUGAUGAACUUUCAAGACAAGUAAAGCUGAUGAUGGAUGGCUUCGAUAUCUUUGGCAAAAGAUGUGGAGGGG